AUGGCGGAACCAACAAACACCCCAAUGCCAACGGCACCGCCAACCCCACGCUCCACCUCCCCCGCACUCGGCGCCACACGCCCUGGCAACACACUCAGUCCCCCCAAACAUAUCGGGAUACCAACGUUAACAUCCUUGCCCGUGCUGGGGGGUCCAACGGGGAGCAAGCCCGUUGUGCUGCACAUCGGGGAUCCCGUCAAGUAUAACCCGGAGACUUACACCGAAUUCGCGGGUCAGUUUGAGGUCGUACGUCCGUCCGUCGAUGAACGUCAAAGGCCCGCCUUCAUCAAGGCCCUACGUGAGAAGCGUUGGGGGGACUUUUCUGCCAUCUUCCGCCCCUUUUGGGGUACCGGUGGUGAGAUGGGUAAUUGGGAUGCGGAACUCAUCUCUCUACUUCCCGAUAGCGUCAGAGUCUUUGCUAGCGCCGGCACUGGUUUCGACUGGGCUGACACGCAGCUGUUGGGUGAGAAAGGCAUCGUAUACUGUAACGGUGGCCUUGCCGCCGCGGAGGCUGUAUCCGACUUCGCCCUCGCCAUGAUCAUUUCGACGUUCCGCGUAUUGCCGUACUGCAUCUCGUCGGCAACAACAGCCGACAACUUCCAGACGUGUCACGCGAGCGCCACCGCGCAAUCGCAUAAUCUGCGUGGUCGUGUUCUAGGGCUCGUUGGUCUUGGGAAUAUCGGCCAACAAAUUGCGCUUAAGUGCAGCGCCGCUUUUGGUAUGGAUAUCGUAUAUUACGAUGUCGAGCGCAAGCCGCCUGCGCUCGAGACUCGGUUACGUGCGCGCUAUGCGAACACCCUCGAGCAGCUUGCACGUCAAUCGGACUGUGUUGUGCUAUGUGCUCCUGGUGGUGCAGGUCAGAUUAUUAACUCAGAGAGCCUUAGGUGGUUUCGACCUGGUGCGCGCCUUGUUAAUGUCGCACGAGGAUCCCUCGUCGAUGAUGAGGCCGUGGCCGAUGCGCUAGAGCAGGGCUGGCUCAGUAACGCUGCCCUCGACGUACACGCCACCGAGCCUAAUGUUCAUCCUAAGCUGCUGGCACUUGCGGGAACUAAAGCUCUCCUGACUUGUCAUAAUGCUGGCGGUACCGUCGAAACCCAUAUCGGCUUCGAGGAGCUCGCCAUGCGCAAUAUCAUGGCUGUGCUAGCAGGCGGACAAGCUAUCACGCCAGUUAACACACGGUGGUUAAGUGGUAAUGCCACAACAUGA